AAUCUAACAAGACAAAUUAUUCGCCUAAACUAUAUUUGAAUUUUUUUUGAACGAAGACAAAAUUUAAAAUUGGCUCCUAGUUAAAUUUUCUAUCCUAUUUGUGCAAAUCUUCCCUCCCAUUAAGAUUCAAUACCAGGCCCAAAUUUAACUCUCCUAAACAAUAUCGGAUAACGGUUUUGUUUUUAUAACCUUCUGUGUGAAGCAGAAAUUUUCCGUUUUUAACGGAAAAAAUGUCGGUUAUUCCAACGGUCACCGGAUUGUCAAGCGGCGCACGUUUGCUAUCGGUUCCGCGCACGUUAGCUGCAGCUACUAAAGCUGCGCCUUCUUCUCUUCCGUCGCUCUGCUACUUGAAGAAGAAGGGAUAUUAUACUCUGCGACGCUGGAGUAUUCUGCCGGCGACGAGGAAGCUUGUUAUACGAGCUGCAAGAACUGAAUCCAAAGGCGUCUCACUUGGUUUCAGAGCUCCUAAUUUUGAGCUUACCGAGCCGCUCACUGGUAAAGUUUGGAAGCUUGAGGAUUUUGAAGCAUAUCCUGCAUUGCUGGUUAUGUUCAUCUGCAACCAUUGUCCAUUUGUCAUACAUUUGAAGAAGGAAAUUGUUAAACUCUCAAAUUUCUACAUGAAGAAAGGGCUUGCGGUGGUAGCAAUAUCUUCAAACUCUGUAGUUACACAUCCACAGGAUGGACCCGAAUUCAUGGCUCAAGAAGCUACGCUCUUCAAAUAUCCUUUCCCGUAUCUUUAUGAUGAGUCACAAGAAGUUGCAAGAGAUUUUGGGGCUGUCUGUACACCGGAAUUUUUCCUGUUCAAAAAGGAUGGCAGAAGGCCCUUUGAGCUAGUGUAUCAUGGACAAUUUGAUGAUUCAAGGCCAAGUAACAAUGUGCCUGUCACUGGAAGGGACUUGAGCCUAGCGAUAGACCGGGUACUUAGUGGUCAGCUAAUUCCAUCAACCCAAAAACCCAGCAUUGGUUGCAGUAUAAAAUGGAAUCCAGGUGGCAAGCAGUAAGCACCAUCUGAGCUGCCUAUGGGAAAUCCAGGGGGCAAGCAGUAAGCACCAUCUGAGCUGCCUAUGAGUUUUUUUCCAGCAACACAUUUAGCUGCUUCAGAUUAUCCAUAACAGGGCUGAUGCCAGUAGGAGUACUGGCACGUUUGUGUUAUUUUUGCUAUGCCUCUUCUAGCAUUGUGGGUUGAGCUUCGAGCUCAGCAUUGAUUAGCAGAACUGAGAUUCUUUGCUAUGCCAAUCAUCACACUUAAUGUAUAUAUUACUUUGUAUUUCCAUGCAAACCCAAGCCUUUUACAUUGUAUGUGCUGUCCUUACUUGCAGGGGUUGACAUACUUAUUUUUUAAGAUUUAAUGCCGGUUCAUGCAA